AACUGGAGUUGCGGAGAGAGAGAUAGAGGAGGUUCUAUUUGUUGUCAGUUUGUUGGUCCAAUAGAAUAAAAGGAGGAUUGGGUGAGAGUUGGUUCAGCUUCUCAGGAUACAAGCAAAAAAGAAAAGGUUCCUUGGAUAAUCCCGCAGCGGGGGAGAGACACAGGGAGAGAGAGAGAGAAUGUAUGAAGGCACAAGAAGAUCUAGUGCAAAUUCUGAUCUUGACAGAGGCAAAAACCAGGAGCAGCAACAAUCCCAAGAAUCGUCCAGUUUGAUCUUGUCAACUGAUCCUCGACCAAGGCUAAGAUGGACGGUGGAUCUGCACCAGCGAUUCGUCGAUGCCGUCAACCAACUGGGUGGUCCAGAUAAAGCAACACCAAAAUCCGUGAUGAAAAUUAUGCGGGUGGACGGUCUUACCCUGUACCAUCUUAAGAGUCAUUUACAGAAGUACAGGCUAGGAAAGCCGUCGCAGAAGGAUGGAGGAGGGCCUGUUGGUGGAGAUGUGUUUCGAGGGGAAGCAACUGCAGUUGUAGAUUCAUCAGCCUGUACUUUGGCGGCAGAGAGCCAACCGACCAGCUUCAUGGCUGAGACUCUGCAGAUCUCUGAGGCACUGAGGCUACAGAUGGAGGUACAGAAGAGGCUCCAUGAACAACUAGAAGUACAAAAGCAUUUGCAGCUUAGGAUUGAAGCCCAAGGGAAGUACUUGCAGUCGAUACUCGAAAAGGCUAGAGAAACGUUAGCAAAUCAUCACAACGGCAUCCUUGACCUUGAAGAGGCCCAAGCACAGUUGUCAGCAUUAUCAUCAAAGGUGAUGAACGAAUGCCUCAAUCCAGCAGUAUCUUUAUUGGAGCUCACGAUGCCCACAGACAAUCCACCAUCACUCGACACAGUCUACCGGAAAUCAAGCAAGAAACACAAAACAGGAUUUCAGAAAGAAGAGCCAGACCAUCGCCGACCCUCCGAAACUGGGGAGUCGCUCACUUUUGAUCUAAAUUUGGAAGAUGAACCAGACACAACUGCCUUCAAAAGAGAGUUUGACCUUAAUAACUAUGAAUUGGGCUUGUAAUAUGCUGCAGGUAUACAAAAUAAUGUUCGCUACCACCAUCCACAUAAGUUAACUACAACUAUACCAGAGGUUCUGCAUGAUAGAAGCAGUUCUGUUUGGAAAAGAAGCAUGAUCAGUCUAGAACAUCUGGAAGACAAGGUAGACUUUUGGGUAGAUCCCAUCCCAUAUGAUCAGUUACUUCGGUUCCCAGUGUAAACCAACAGUUUCACGGUACAAACCAAUAGCUUCUUCCACUUUUUCA